ACUCUGUCAAAAUUUUCGCCGCGCACAACAUAUAUAUAAUCUUUCUGCUUGUUUGGGAAUGAAUCCCAUCCCACUGUCAAAAUGUCACGUUCUGAUUAUUCCUCCUCCUCAGACUCACUGAUCAGCCUACGGGUCGAAACUUCGCUUUAGUUGGCUAUAACCAUUUUAUCUAAUUAGUAUCAUCAGAGCUCCCAGUUCAUCUCUUGGUAAUUUUAACCGCUUCAGACUCUUUUAAGACCUGUAGGGAGUAACAGAUGGCUCGAGUCAGUUAAUCCCAUCUAGGAUGGGAGAAGCUCCUGUGUGGAAAUAUUUAUUUUCAUGGCGAACUUUUUUUUAUUACCGUAUCUAUCUCUCGAUGACAAACACUACGGUCAAGCUAUGCUUUCGAAAUUUAUUCCGGCACUCUUUGAUUUUGUAUGAAGGAAUGUUGUUCCGUGUAGUUCUUUGGCCCGUUCUAUUCCUCGGAAGAAACACCAAUUCCUUUAUAGAAAAUCAUAUCAGCUCGAUCGCCUCUCUUGUCUAAAAUGCUUUCAUGGUCUUGGGUAUGUCCGUCGGCUUGCUCUUCUAACGGCAUGCUUAGAAAGGGAUUAUGCGGAGCCAUCAAGGUUCUACGCCCUUGCCCUCACUUGACUAGGACUAUUAGCAACAGUUCCUAGAUGGUAUGCCAAGAGGACUGCCCAUUAUAACUCUUAUCUAGGGAUGACAAUUCUGGUCCAAACCCAAUAACCCACCCAUAUCCAUCCAAUAUGAGACCCAUCCAAACCAACCCAUUUAGCUAAAUGGGUCUAAUUGGGUGAGUAACUAUUUCUAAAGAGAUUAAAUGGGUAUUAGAUGGGCGGGUGUUGACCCACCCAUAACCCAUCCAAACUUGCCAGAUAGAAAUCUCCUCUCCCCCCUCUCUACGAUUCCUCUCUUCGAAACCCUAAAAAACUUGGCUCCCCUCUCUCUGCGAUGCGAUUCCUCUCUUUGAGCUUCGAUUCCUUUAUCCGAGCGUCAAUUCGUCUCUCCGAGCUUCGAUUCAUCUCCCAGCUCCAACGCCCCCAAAUCCAAUCCGGACUCACAAACUCCUCUCCUUCAAUCCCCAGUUCGAUCUCAUAAUCUACGGAAUCGGCAGCAUCGACUCGUACGAGACCCCAAGAGUCCAGCUUUCGCUUGCCCUUCUCAUUCUCGAGCGGCUCAAGCCCUAGAUUUCAUCAAUUGAAGUGUUCGACCUAAUAAUUUCAACAGCCGAGCAAGCGGUUAUCGAACAAUUGGGAGUCGCUGUAAUGGAUGUCGAUGAGCGAGGGCGAAGAGAGGUUGACACUUGUUAGUGGGCUCAAGUGGGUGGAUGAAGUCAUAACAAAUGCUCCUUACGAGGUCAAUGAACAAUUUAUGAACAUUCUCUUCAAUGACUACAAAAUUGACUACAUCAUACAUGGAGAUGAUCCUUGCCUACUUCCUGAUGGAACUGAUGCUUAUGCAUCAGCAAAGAAGGCAGGACGUUACAAGCAAAUCAAGCGCACUGAAGGUGUCUCGAGCACGGAUAUUGUUGGUAGGAUUUUAUCUUCAUUAAGAGGUUCAGAAAUGGAUAAUGGCUCUGCUAAUGCUUCCGUUAAUGAACAGCACCAGAAUCAGGAAAACACUCUGGCCAAGACUGGUGGUUCUGUUAAAUCUCAUUUAUCUAAUUUUCUUCCUACGUCUCGUCGGAUUGUGCAGUUUUCAAAUGGGAAGGGACCUGGACCAAAUGCUCGUGUAGUGUAUAUUGAUGGUGCUUUUGAUCUCUUCCACGCGGGCCAUGUUGAGAUCCUAAGAAGUGCUAGGCAACUUGGGGAUUUUCUGCUUGUAGGUAUUCAUAGUGACCAAACUCUUAGUGAACAUAGAGGAUCUCAUCCUAUUAUGAACCUUCACGAACGCAGCUUGAGUGUGCUUGCAUGCCGAUAUGUGGAUGAAGUCAUUAUUGGUGCACCCCGUGAAGUUACCCAAGAUAUGAUAACUACCUUCAACAUAUCUUUGGUUGUGCAUGGAACAGUUUCUGAGAGCAGUCCUAAUGAUGAAAUUGACCCUUAUGCUGUCCCCAAGAGCAUGGGUAUCUUUCAGAUAGUUGCAAGCCCCAAAUUAAUAACCUCAGCAUCUGUAGCCAAAAAAAUCAUUGAUAACCUUGAAGCUUACCGGAAACGAAAUUUGAAGAAGAAAGUAAGUGAAGACAAAUACUAUACAGAGAAGAAAUAUGUGUCUGGAGACUAAAGCCAACAACACCAGUGACAUGGUACUCGAUAACAAAUAUCAAGAAGCAAGGUUUGCUUGUUAGCAGACGGUGAAACCAAGGUUCGAACCGUACCAAUCAUUUGCUGUGAAAGAAAGUGUGGUUUUCUCCCUCCCGCCUUCGUGAUGCGUUUUUAGAUGAGCAUACCCAGUCAAUUAUGAACAGAGUAACAAAAGUUAUAGGGAGGUGUUUUUGUUUCGAUUGGAUGGUGCAUGCAUAUCUUGUGUUUAAAUUUGCAUGCAUGUCGAUAAUUUUGGCUGUUGUAUAUCUAGAUAAUUGACAGGUUUGUUCUGUAAUCAACCACCUGUACCUUCGAGGAAAGCAGAUAUAUAUUGCAUUUUAAUAUCAGAAAGGUUUGUAAAAUUUCA